UCUUCCUCUGCGGUGCGGAGCGGUGCCUCGGCCCGGCGGGGGAAGGUGACCCGGCAGCGCCAUGGGGCUUCACUUCGGGAACCUGGCGCGGGUCCGCCACAUCAUCACCUACAGCCUGUCCCCGUUCGAGCAGCGCGCCUUCCCCAACGUCUUCUCGCACGGGGUGCCCAACGUGUGGCGCCGGUUCAGCUCCCAGGUCUUCAAGGUGGUGCCCCCCUUCGCGGCAGCCUAUCUCCUGUACUCCUGGGGAACCCAAGAGUUUGAGAGGCUGAAGAGGAAGAACCCCGCUGACUAUGAAAACGACCAGUGAUGCAGUGAACACGGAUGUCCUCUCGCUGUGUUAUCGCUUUGGUGUUGUUAAGCUUCUCCACAUGACCAGAAGGGUAUUAAGAAGGAGAUAAGUCUUGUCUAAUAAACUUUGCCCUGUGA